AAGGGCCAAGGCGGGGCGGGGCCGCAGUUCCUUUCGGGCCUCGCCAGUCGUGCACCGCCAGUCGAAGCCGCCGCGGAGCUGACUAGGCGACAGAGACGCGCCUGCCGCCUCAGCCCGGACCUCCGAAAAGCAUCUCCUCCUCCUCUUCUUCCUUCUCUCCGCCGCCUCAACCGCCCGGCGCCAUGGCCUCUGGGGUCACCGUCUGUGACAAAGUCAUCCAAGUGUUCAACGACAUGAAGGUGCGCAAACAUGCCCCCCAGGAAGAGCAGAAGAAGCGCAAGAAGGCUGUCAUCUUCUGCCUGAGCGAGGACAAGAAGAAGAUCAUCCUGGAGGUCGGCAAGGAGAUCCUGGUGGGCGACCUGGGAGACACCGUCGAUGACCCCUACCUGCACUUCGUCGCCAUGCUGCCCCCCAGCGACUGCCGCUACGCCCUCUAUGACGCCACCUACGAAACCAAGGAGAGCAAAAAGGAAGACCUUGUCUUCCUCUUCUGGGCGCCCGAGAGCGCUCCUUUAAAGAGCAAGAUGAUUUACGCCAGCUCCAAGGAUGCCCUCAAGAAGAAAUUCCAGGGGCCGGAGCACGAAUGGCAAGCAAACGGCCUAGAAGACAUUAAAGACCGCCAGAGUCUAGCGGAAAAGCUGGGAGGCAGCUGCGUCAUCAGCUUGGAGGGCAAGCCCGUGUGAGACCCCCCCUCCUCCCCCCCUUCCCGGGUCCCCUGUCGUGCCAGUGGACUCUGGAGCUUCCAUGUUAAUGGCCCCAUGCUACUGUUGGGGGUUUGGGGGGGGUUCCUCCUUUUCCUCAGUUCCAUUCCAAUUAUUAUUAUUUUUCCCUGCCUUCCCAUCUUCCCUGCCUGGUGCUUUCUCUCUCUCUCCCUGUCUCUCUCUCUCUCCCUGUCUCAGCAGCCGCUUGUAGGCUGCUGUUCAAAUUUGCCAAACGGCUACAGCUUAUUUCUCUCCCCCUCCUUCCACUUUCCUUCCUUCCCCUCUUUCUCCUCCUCC